AUGCUCUUCUAUCCGUUGCUAGUCAUCUUUGCUUUCGGCAUCAGUCUUUGUUGUUCGACCAAUUUGAACACAAAGCAACCCAAACGCCUGGAUCAUGUCAGCGUCGGUCCUCUCAUCGGCGUCAAGAGUGUCGCAAAAAGGUUCUUAAGGUCCGAUGCGCACAAGCAGGACAACAUCGUCGCUGGGCACUACAACAGCGAGGAGAGAGCUGGCAUUCCAGGAGUGACAAAGCUUGAUGAAUUAGCUUACAAGUUGGCUUUAAAGUUGAAGCUCGACCCGAUGAAAAUUUUCCCUCGUUUACGCGUGGUAAAAAAUGGCGGGAAGCUAAACAAAAACAAGGAUUUUAUGCUGUGGCUUUUGUAUGUGAACAACUACAGAGCCAAACGAGGAGGAGAAUCUUGGUUUAGCGAUAACAAGUUAUUUGACUUGCUCAGGAAAGUGAGAUCGGAAGAAGAGUUGGUGAUACUAUUUCAAUCGCUUCGGAAAUACCCCGCCAUCAAGAACCUUGCAGACGAGAUGCAGGCAUAUAUGAUCCUAAGUUCUGCCUCGAGUCAUAAAUUGGUGAAUGAGGCGUGGCUGAAGUCUCGAGAAAGUCCACUGCACGUUUUUGAGUCCAUGCGUCUUGGAGAUGAGACUCUGGAGAGUUUCGCCAGCAGCCCCCUGUUUAUCCAGUGGCUCAGAUAUAUCAAAGUGUACAAGGUUGUCGUGGAAAGUGAGUCUUUUUCAGACCUUGAAACGCUCAAAUUUUUGAUAAAGGCAAAACCUUUCGUAAUCGAGGCGGAAUUUGGAACACUCUUUCAAUCGAUAAAGAAUAUCCCAGAUUUGGAGAGUUUCGCAAAGAACUUGCAAACGCAUCUCUACCAAAAAUGGAUGAACGACAACAAGUUGUCUCCAAAGGAGCUCGCGAGUUUAUUGGGGAUUCCAUACUCAAUUGAUUUCACGAGGCUGCCGAAGAGCGAUCCGAUGUACCGCAAUCUGGAAGCGUACACCGUGUACGUCGCUGAACGCCAGGGUGGGAAGGCUAUGUUGACGACAGUGGAAAAGCUUUUCGCCGAUAACGACGUUUAUGCUGCACUUGCAGCCGUUUCGAAAGCUUAG